AGCGUUUGCGGUACAGAUCCUUAGAGUGCUUAGACUUAUUAUUACCUUUAUUUUUAAUCUGUGUGAAAAUCCCUAAUUUCUUCCUUGCAAAACCCUAAUUUUAGUUUCCACAGAGAGUCCACUGUUCAAAAAGCAAUGGAUCUCCAAGGAUUAUCCUCAAUUUGCGCUGGGCUUGGAGCUAUUGAAGAGGACGAUGACGGCAAUUGGAUUGGUUAUACCAAGAAUGAAUUUUGUUUAGAUAAUUUGAAAGAUUUGCAGAGAUUUCUGAGACGUGAUGAUCCAGAGACCCGAGAUGUAUUCAACCAGGUUUGCAAAUGGAACAUAGUAUCCAAGGACUUGGUACCAAUUAUCGAACUCUGUCAAGACAAUCGAGAUUUGGUGAUAAGUGCAGUGAAGGUUUUGGUAUUUCUUACAAUGCCGAUCGAGCCAGGAUCAAAUAAUAUCUCCCAACAGAUAGAGUUUUUGUGGCGCUUAAAGGAAUCCAUAGCACGCAAUGACACAGUUGCUGUCAUUGUCUCUCUUCUGGAAAGCCCACUGGAAAAUUUAGAACGAGAGGCAUUCACAGAGGAUGAUCUGAAACUAGUUGAGCUGGUGCUUACUUUGUUCCGGAAUAUUCUAGCUAUACAGGAUAUCUCAUUACAGCAGAAAGCAUCGGGAUAUGCUACUCAAUGCUUGUUCUUAAGAGACCGGUUUAUUGAACUCCUGUUUCGUGAGCAUGUGACAGAUCUGAUCUUAGUCCUCACCCAGCAUGUGGGUGGUUCUUGUAGCUAUCUUCGUCAAGAAAACUUUCUUUUAUUAGAGAUAUUCCAUUACAUGUUUAUGGGCCAAGAGCCGGAGUUGAUUGCAAAACCAUCAAAAAGAGGCUCUGAGGUGGAUGAGGAUGUUGAAGCAUCACUUAACUCACUCCAGUCAAUUAUGGAGGAAGAAAGACACAAAAGAAGGCUAACUAGGUCCAAGAAUUUGGAUCGUCAUUCCCAAUUCAGCGGAACAUUCACUUCCCUUUCCAUGGAUGGGUCUAAAACGUUAUGCAAAGGAAAUCCAAAAACUACCUCUCGCAAUCUCAAACCACAUAAGGCUCAAAGAGGUCCGGUUAAAAGAAUUGCAUGGGACAAUGGAAAGUUAUCCUCGUCAAAAGAGAUCAUCUUGGAGUUGUUCCACAGUUUUAUAAAUCAGUUCUUAUCAGCGGGUUACAAUGUUUUGAUGCAGUCAAUCAGAGAGGACAUUGUGAAAGACGAGGAAGGCCAUUCCAUUCAGAGUAAUGAUGUGAUUGUUUUCUUCCAAGUUACCCAAUUUGUUACAGCCUUUCAACAUCAGACUUUCUUAGUUUCAAAGCAAAAAAUGGAGCGCGACACUUCUGAAGCUGAAACCAGUAAAUUUAAUGAUACCACAUCAUUCCAGGGUGAUAUUUGUGGACCAAUUGCAGCUACACUGAAUGAAACCAUGUUCUCAUUAGUCAUACGUAAAUGGCGUAUUGCUUUUGAGGUCUUGAAGGAAACAAAAAAAGGUAAAAAAACAGAUGAAAAUAUAUGCAAAGAGGAAGGCUUGAUGGAAACAUAUGAGUACAAAUUUUUGUCUGUAGCGGGGUCUCUCAUGAAAACUAUGAUUCGCAUGUUAGAUUUGGUACUCAAGCUAUUCCCUGAAGAUUCUAAGGAGCCUCAAACCGCUCGCAUCCUUCUCUAUAAGAUAUUCUAUGAUCAAACAGACCAAGGGAUGACACAAUUCCUUAUCAAUUUAAUUAGAAACUUCAACAAUCGUAAACAACCAAAAAGCGACCUUGCAGAUUUGGUAGAAAUGAUGCAUGUUGUUGUGCGGCUUAUGGAAAAUCUUCAAGCUCGAGGAACAUUAAGAGUUGCUAAAAAAUCUAGGCGAGGAAAAAAGAAGAAACUACAGACAGACAAAAAGGCUGUUGUAGAUGAUUCGGGAGAUGUUCGAGUUAAUAAAGAAGGGGAUGUUGGGUUGUCUACUGGGAAACCGUCAGUAGAUGCAGAUGGACUAUUGGAGGACGGUUUAGCAAAUCCAAAUUCUGAUGGAAAAGAAGAAAGCACCUUGAUCCCUGAUAUCAUUGUGGGGCAUGAAGGCCCCCUGCUGGACACAGGUAAUAUUGUUGAGGAUUCAACUUCGAAGGAAAAUAUUCAUCAUGGUUCUGAGCCCGACGAUCUCGAAUGUGAAACGGAUGAAUCUUCUGAAGAUGAUCCUGUAGCUGCAACAGAUGAAAUUGAUUUUAGCGUAUCUACUUUGGUAUCUAUGUUUGCAAACAACUCUGUCAUCCAAAACUUAUGUUGGCUGCUGAAGUUUUACAAAAGCAAUUCUGCUGGUACAAAUCAUUACAUAACACGCUUGUUGCGGCGGAUUUGUGAGGAUCUAGAGCUUUCACCCAUGCUAUAUCAGCUCUCCCUCCUUACAACAUUCUACAAUAUCCUGGCUGAGCAGAAGGCAUCACCACAAAAGGAAUAUACAAAUAUUGUUUCUUUCCUCACUGAUCUAAUCAGAAAAAUGUUAAGGAAAAUGAAGAUCCAGCCUCUUCUUUUUGUGGAAAUACUCUUUUGGAAGACACGAAAAGAAUGCCACUACAUGAGCUCUGAGAGAUUGUUAAACGAGAUUGGCAAUUUAAGGAAAGAAUGCAAAAAAUUCGGAACUGUUUCUUCUGGUAAUGAAGGUGAAUUUGGUUCGUCACUAGGACAUGAUGGAAUGAGGAGAAGAAGCAUAGCGGAUGCACUUGGUGAUGAUGAAUUUGAUGUUGUAAUACCACCAGAAGGCAGUCAUUGCAAGAAUAAAUCUGAUGACCAGAGCAAAAGCAAUACAUCCAGAUCAGACAGUGAUAUUGAAGGAAUGGAGCAACCAAACUUCAGCAACACUCAAGAUGAAGGGCAUUCUUUCGAACACAAAUCUCUUAGAGUUCCUAAGCGAAGGAGAAAACUUAUUUUUGAUUCAGAUAUGGAGACUAAUAUCAAGAGUCUGUACGAGAAAUAUAAAGAGGAUCGGCACUGUGCUCGUCUAAUUGCGAAAUCCCUUGAUCCCGAUGGAAAUGUUUCUCCAGCUCAAGUUUCGAAUAAGCUUAAACAGCUAGGACUUAAGGUUGAAAAGAAAAGAAUGCUUUCUGCUGAUGAUGGUAAAAUGAUGUCUGACAAGGAAAAUACCUUGGCCGAUUUGGAGGAAAGUUCUCUUUUGGAAAGAUCCACGAAAAGUGUACGUGCUUUCAGCCAAGAGCAGGAGAAGAUGCUUAGAGAUUUAUAUGAGCAGUUUAAAAAUGAUAAGAAGUGCAGCCACAUGAUUGCAAGUACAUUGGAUACUAAUAAUACAUUUUCAGCAGCCCAAGCUACUCGAAAACUCAAGCAACUUGGCUUGAUAAAGAAGAGACCAGUUGAAUCAAAGACACUUUUAAGAGAUGAAGCUGAUAAUGAUAAUUCGACUGUAGAUGAACAAGUGGAAUCUGAUGAUGAAACAUUGCUGGCACUGAAGAGAAGGAGAAAAAAGAGAGAGAUGGGCACGACAUUUAAUGAUAGGGAAACUGCCACAGGUUCCGCUAACAGGAAGAUUGAAAUGACAGCAUCAGAAGAUGAUGGUGAUGAGGAAGUCUUAAGCUCUAUUUUUCAGAGAAGUGCUAGGAGACUUUCAUCGAAGUCACAGGAUGAGAUGCACACAACCAGCUCAAUUGAUGAUACAAUUAAUGAAGACCAUGGAGAUAACACUGAAAGAGAGCAGAACCAUAACAACAUGUCAAGCUUAUUGCUUAAAGAUGUAAAGAAGGGGUUUGCUGCCAUGGGUGUCGAUGAAAACACUGACCAAACCAGAAGCCCGACAGGUGAUGAUCUCUUGAACAAUGUCGAUCAUAGCAUGCUACAUCAUCAAUUGCAUGACGAGUUAGCUGACUCAGAUGAUGAUGUUGGACCAGCUGUGUCAAAGAGUAAUCUCAAAAGAAGGAAGAUAGUAAUUGAUAAUGAUGAUGAGUAAAUAUGUGGUAGCACUGGUUUAGAAUUAUGAUUAAAUAGAUUUACAUCCACUUUAUUUUCUUUUAUGGGUUGGCAAGGCACUUCAAAUUUUGAUUGCACUUUGAAACAGUGUUGCUGAUCUAUUGUGUUAGUUGGAUAUAAUAGUUGUGCAGUAUGUUGUAUUUGCAGAAUCCUUGUAAGCAAAAUCAUAUUGCCUUAUUUUUUGACUUGUACGUUUAAAUUAAAUGAAAAGGUAGACAGUUUGCCCCA